AUGGUCGCCGGCGGGAGGGCGGUCCUGCGGCGGGCGAAGAUGGGCGGCGACGACGACGACGACGAGUACGUCGUGGACGAGGACGAGGAGGAGGAGGUGGAGGAAGAGGAUGACGCGGCGGUUGCGUGCUCCGACGAGGACGCCGCCGAGGAGGAGGAGGAGGCCGACCCGGAGCCGGAGCCCGAGGACGAAUCUGACGCCGACUUCGACGGGGAUGCGGAGGAGGAGGAGGACGACGAGGAUUUCGAGAUCGACAAGCCGCGGCAGCGGCCCAGGCGCCCUCCCAGGCCUUCCCCCAGGCCUCGCGGGCGGGGCAGGAAGAAGGCCAAGUCGGACGACGACGACGAUUCCGACGCGGUUUCCGAGGAGGAGGACGACGACGAGGACUUCGAGAUCGACGCGCCGCGGCCCAGGCGUCCGGCCAAGGCUCGCGGCCGGGGCCGGAAGCGGAGGCGGAAGCAGGAGUCGGAGGACGAAUCCGAUGCGGAUUUCGAGGAGGAGAUCGAGACGCCGCGGCCCAAGGCUCGCCGCCGGGCCAGGAAGGCCAAGCCGCGCGACGACGACGACGACUCCGAUGCGGAUUUCGACGACGAGGAGGAGGACGAGGAUUUCGAGAUCGACACGCCGCGGCCGAGGCGCGCGCCCACGGCUCGCUCCCGGGGCAGGACGAGGGUGCAGGAAGAGGAGUCCGACGCGGAGUUCGAUGGGCAGGACGAGGGGUUCGAGAUCCAGACUGGAAGGCCGAGGCGUGCACCCACGGCUCGCUCCCAGGGCAGGGCAGGGAAGCAGGAAGACGAGUCUGACGAGGAGUUCGAUGGGGAGGAGGGUGAAUCGGAGAAAGAGGAGGUGGAGGUCGAGGCGCCAUGGCCGAAACGCCCAGCCACGGUUCGGUUCCGGCGCAGAAGGGAGGAGCAAGAGAUCGAGUCUGAUGCAGAUUUCAAAAGGGAGGAGGAGGAAGAAGUGGAGAAUGAGCAGUUGGAGGUCGAGACCCCACAACCAGCCAUGGACCCUUCCUGGGGUAGGAGUGGGGAACAAGAGGAUGAGUCUGAUGCCGAUUUCGAUGGGGAGGAGGAGGAACUGGAGAAUGAGGAGUUAGAGGUCGAGACCCCACUGUCAGCCAACUUUCGCUCUGGUGGCAGGAAUGUGAAGGAGGAGGAUGAGCUUGAUGCAGAUUUCAAUGUGGCGGAGGAGGAAGCUGAGGAUCUGGAAGAGGAUGAAGAGCUGGAGAUCGAGACGCCAGAGUCAGUCAAGUAUCGUUCCGGCGGCAGGAAUGUGAAGGAGGAGGAGGAGCUUGAUGCAGAUUUCAAUGUGGCUGAGGAGGAAGUUGAGGAUCAGGAAGAUGAUGACGAGCUGGAGAUCGAGACGCCAGAGUCAAUCAAAUAUCGCUCCGGUGGCAGGAAUGUUAAGGAGGAGGAUGAGCUUGAUGCAGAUUUCAAUGUGGCUGAGGAGGAAGUUGAGGAUCAGGAAGAGGAUGAAGAGCUGGAGAUCGAGACGCCAGAGUCAGUCAAGUAUCGCCCCAAUGGCAGGAAUCUGAAGCAGGAGGACGAGUUUGAUGCAGAUUUCAAUGGGGCGGAGGAGGAAGUUGAGGAUCAGGAAGAUGAUGAGGAGUUGGAGACGGAGACGCUACAGCCCAGGAACCUGUCCGAGGCCCGUGGCAAGGGCAGGAAGGUGAAGCCAACGGGCUCUAGCCGGCAGAGACAUGAGGAUGAUGAUGAUUACGAGGAAGAGAUCGAGGAUGAGGAUGAAGACUUUGAUCCGGAGGUGGACGAAGAUGAGGAGGAUGAGGAGGAAGAUGUUGAAGAAGAAGAUGAUGAUUUGGGGGAUUAUGCCCCAACUCUCGCCACAAAGGUUAGACCUAGGAACCACUUGGCCAAGCGGAAGCCAGCGGCUGGGCGCCAACACCGUAAGAGGAAGAGUGGUUCCAAGGGAAAGACAAGGAAUGUCACGUCAGCACGUCGGCGUAGGAGCAAGCGGCGGGUGGCUGACGACUAUGAAGACGAUGAGGAGGAAGAGGAUGAUGAUGAUUUUGUUGUGAAGGACGACGUGGAGGAAGAGGUCAAUUACCGGCCAAGGAAGAAGGCUAAGGUUGGGAGGAAGACGAGGGAAGGCACUGCAGAGCCAGUUGCUGUGGGAGAAGCAUGGCCAUCAGUCGAAUCUGACACAUCAGAAUUUGAGUUUGUGACAUCUGACGAGGAUCAUGCUGAGAAGGAAACACCAGUAGCUGAGCCUGCGAGGAUCAAGAGAAAGAAGGGUAGGAGGAAGAGGGGUUCUGAAUCAGACUCGUCUUCAGACUCUGAUUAUGUCAUAUCAGAGGAGGAACUUAAGGAUUUGGGGGUGCCUAGGCCCCAAGAGACCGUGCCACAGCUGCCUUCGCCCCCAGCACGAAGGACCAUUGCUCCUAGGAGGGUAGACGAGAAGGGAAAAGAGCCAGAGGAGGCUUUGAAACAGAUAUGUGGUAUCUGCCUCUCAGAGGAGCAGAGAGCUACAAUACAGGGUGUGCUUAAUUGCUGCUCACACUACUUCUGCUUCGCGUGCAUCCUGGAGUGGUCAAAGGUGGAGUCGAGGUGUCCACUGUGUAAACGGCGUUUCAACACAAUUACCAAGUCAUCAGUGGCAGAUCUAGGAUUGGGGUUGAGGAAUGCUCCUGUUAGGGUAGAAAAGCGCGAUCAGGUAUACCAGCCCACUGAAGAUGAAAUGAGGCGUUGGUUAGACCCAUACGAAAAUGUUGUAUGUAUAGAGUGCAAUCAAGGUGGUGAUGACAAUCUCAUGUUGCUAUGUGAUAUAUGUGAUUCCUCUGCACAUACUUUCUGUGUUGGUCUGGGGAGAGAAGUACCAGAAGGCAACUGGUACUGUGGUGGGUGUAGAUCCAGUGUGGAAGGGCCUUCUCAUGCACAAAUACAGGAUAGGGUGGUUCACCGUGGAGAUAGUAACAUGAACACCGCCGAUAGCAGUUCUGGUUCGUUGGGCAGAUCUACAUCAAGUGGAGUGUUCCAGAGACCACCACCAAUAAACGUUCAGCCUUCUUUGCAAGGAUUUGAUCUGAAUCUCUCUCCAAUAGAAACCCCUGAGGAAGAUAAGCGAGCCGAGUCACAUCUCUCAGCUGAACCUGUAUCAACUCCUACUGGGAGGCAUGCAACUCUUGAUAGGAGGCGUGCCUUGAACCGACGCAUUCGUAUUCUUCUAUUUAGACCUAGGACUGCAACUAAUGCUUGGCAGAAUAGCAUUCAGCAAGACAGAAGCGCACCAGGAACAGAACAAAAUCAACGGAUCGCCUGCACCUCUACAGAUGUGAGCCCAUCAUGUUCCAGGGCUGAUUUUAUGCAGAGCCAGCAGAGUAGCUCACAUUUUGUACAGUCUGCAAGUAAUCUUAAUCAAUGCACUGAUGAGGGUGGAAGCAAUUUCCGAGAAGUAGCGAAUGCCAAGGACCAGCUGAUUCCUAUUGUGAAGAAGAGCAUCAAGCACAUUUGUGCCCGGUCCCCAUUGGAUCAAUCUUCUUUCACGAAUGUAGCACGGCGGGCGACACACACUAUCUUAGCGUUGUCUGGUAUUGCGCACAACAAGGAUAGGGUUGUUUCUACACCGUUUCCUUUUCCUAGCCAUUGUUGCCACGCCUGUGAUGGCCGAGAGCCAGCGUUUCUCAUGAGAACCAUCUGCUCGUCAUGCUUCAACUCAUUCGUUGGUGAUGUCGUCAGUCACAUCGCCAAUAUGUUUUCUUGA